AUGGGGUUCUGCCUAAAUCCCAGAAAAUCUCAUGUUUCGGAGAUGGUUUCAGGCAUUUUGGAAGUGGGAUUAUUGAGUAUAAGAAUAGGAGAAUGCCAAACUGCAAGAACUAUGGCGUCUGUGGAGUAUCCAGCAAUAAAUUGCCGAAACCACAGUGCAGUGGUGACGGAGAAUGUAAUAAUUCAGGGGCUGACAAUCAUUGCUCCAGUGACUGUCCCUAAUACAGAUGGAAUAAACCCAGAUUCAUGCACAAACAUCAGAGUUGAAGACUGCUACAUAGUCUCAGGAGACGACUGCAUUGCAGUAAAAAGUGCUUUAAAUGAGAACGGUGUUCAAUGUGGAAUGCCAACAGAGGGCCUAAUCAUCAGAAGGCUUACCUGCAUAUCCCCUCACAGUGCAGUAAUAGCUCUAGGCAGAGAGAUGUCGGGCAGGAUCAUGAAUGUCAGAGCUGAAGACAUCACUGCCAUUGAUUCCAAUUCGGGCGUCAGGAUCAAAACAGGUCUAGAAAGGGGAGGUUAUGUGAAAGACAUCUAUGUUAGGAGAAUGACUAUGAAAACGAUGAGGUUUGCCUUUUGGAUUAUAGGCGAUUACGGGCCACCUCCAGCUCCUGGUCAUGAAGGUCCUGUUAUUGAAGGGAUCAAUUACAGAGACAUGGUGGCUGAUAAUGUCACCUACCCUGCACAACUUCAUGGAAUUUCAGGCGACCCUUUUACUGGAUUUUGCAUAUCUAAUGUCACUAUUGGCUUGACUGAAGAAUCAAGGGAACAGCAAUGGGACUGUGAUGAAGUUCAGGGUGUAACUCCCCAGCCAUGUGAUCUUCUGUCUCCCUCGAAGGAGAUCUUGAAUUGUCCUUUCCCCAAAGAUCUGCUGCCCAUUGAAGAUGUUAAGUUGAAGAUCUGUUCCUACUGUGAAACUACAUCUGGAAUGAUUCAAAACAUAUGUCUAGGUAGACAAAGAACCCAGAUCUCUGCUUCAGUUAAUAUUCCAGAAGCUGAUUCACCUCCCUACUGUCUAGUUCUGGUUUAA